GCAGGGGUGACGUCAUACUGAGGCGCCUGGCCGAGAGGAGCGAGUGGGCGUGAGUAGAAGGGUCCAACCAGGUUCUUCUGCUUCCGAGGUCAGAGGUUGGGGCGUGUAGUGAUUGAAAGCAGUUGUUCACGAUGCUGAUCAAAGUGAAGACGCUAACUGGAAAAGAGAUUGAGAUCGACAUCGAGCCCACAGACAAGGUGGAGAGAAUAAAGGAACGGGUGGAAGAGAAAGAAGGGAUCCCACCUCAACAGCAGCGGCUCAUCUAUAGCGGCAAGCAGAUGAACGAUGAGAAAACUGCAGCCGACUACAAGAUCCAGGGCGGGUCUGUGCUUCAUUUGGUCCUGGCACUGCGUGGGGGGGCCCCCCGAUGAUGGACCCUCUUCCCCUGGCCUGCCCCACCCCUCUUUCCCAGCCCUCCCCCAACCCCCACAAAGGACAGAUCUGCCCUUUUGCAACUGGGAAGCAAGUAGGCCCUAGUUAACGGCACUCCCACACACACACGCGCCCCUUUUCCUGCAGAAAGAGGGCCUCCACCUCCCUGGAUCUCCCACAAGCGGAAGGAGGCGCUCUUUAGGAGGGGGGCCCUUGGCAGCGUCCCCCAUGGCCCAGGCCUCCUGGCGACUUCCUGAAUGCUGCUUACGCGUCGGCUGGUUUUUUCGCACCCCUGUUCAGAUGUUUCUCCCCCUUUGUUGGAAUGGCUGGAUGUUCAAUAAAAGUGUCUCAACCUUCGGGGUCCCUUGA